UGAAAGGGUUACAGGUGAUGUCAGUAAUCUCUCUCUUUCUUUCUGUCCCUUUCUCUCUCUCUCUCUUUAUAUCCUGGACCUCCACCCUGUCUCCCUUCUGUUCACUUCUUUCCCCUCCCUCCCUGGUGUCUAGGGGAGGUGGGUGCUGUGUGUGUGUUUGUGUGUGUGUGUGUGUGUGCGUGUGUGUGUGUUUUUGUGUAUGUGAGUGUGUGUGUGUGUGUGUGUGUGUGUGUGUGUGUGUGUAGGUGGGUGCUGUCUAGAUGUUUGAAUUGAGAUGGCUGCAGAGAACAGAGGGGACUUGAGCCAGACUAGGAGCACGGCAUCCACCUCAGCCAGCAGAGACAUGCCCCUGAAAAGCGUCAGCAACUCGGUGUGUAGCCCAGCCAGCAGCCUGAUCAAUAGCCUGAUCAAUAGGCACCCUGCCAGUGCCAAGCCUCCUGCCAUCUCCAUGAAGGACCAGGACGCAAUCAAACUGUUCGUUGGACAGAUCCCGAGGACCCUGGAGGAGAAAGAGCUCAAGCCCCUGUUUGAAGAAUUUGGCAAAAUCUAUGAGCUGACGGUUCUGAAAGACAGAUACACCGGCGUGCACAAAGGAUGCGCCUUCCUCACAUACUGCUCAAGGGAAUCUGCGUUGAAAGCACAGACUGCACUACACGAGCAGAAGACACUGCCCGGGAUGAACCGACCCAUCCAGGUGAAACCGGCAGACAGUGAGGGUCGAGGAGAGGACCGGAAGCUCUUUGUUGGAAUGCUGGGGAAGCAACAGACGAUGAAGAUGUCCGGAAAAUGUUUGAGUCCCUUUGGGACAAUCGAGGAGUGUACCAUCCUACGAGGAGCCGAUGGGGCCAGUAAAGGUUGUGCCUUUGUGAAGUUUCAAACGCAUUUCGAAGCACAAGCUGCAAUAGGCGCACUGCAUGGGAGCCAGACGUUACAGGUAGGACUAACAAGUUCAAGGGGCAAGCCACAAUGUACUGGUGGAAUCAGCAGAAUAAGAAAGAGUCGCUUCUGCAUUUCCCAUACAGGGGCGUCGUCGAGCCUGGUGGUGAAGUUUGCAGACACUGACAAGGAGCGGACUCUCCGUCGGAUGCAGCAGGUGGCAGGACAGUUGGGAAUGUUCAGUCCGAUGGCUGUGCAGUUCGGAGCCUACACUGCGUACACUCAGGUGGUAUGCCACCAACAAGCCGCUCUGAUGGCUGCAGCGCAGAGCACGUACCUGAACCCCAUGGCCACGGCUAUACAAAUGCAGCAGGUCCCGACCAUCAACCCCAGCAGUCUGCUCGCAAGCCCACUCACUUCCGCAUCAGGUGGGUCCAUACACCUCGGUUAUCGCAAGUGCCCCUGUUCAGCCAUUGCUCCGCCACCUCUCACUGUGAAUGGGUAUAAUCAGAUUACAGCACAGACAAACGGGCAGACCACAUCUGAAGCGAUCUACACAAAUGGAGUUCAUUCAUACACAGCACCGAGCCAGGCGGCUGCAGCGAGCAGCAUUGACCCGCUACAACAGGCUUACACAGGAAUGCAGCACUACACAGCCACAUACCCAGCCACUUAUGAGGUUGUUCGCCCGGCAUUUUCACAGCAACCAGCCGUGGUAUCUCAGCAACAGCAGCGAGAAGGGCCUGAGGGCUGCAACAUCUUCAUCUACCACCUGCCACAGGAAUUCACGGACUUCGAGCUGCUGCAGAUGUUCCUGCCGUUCGGAAACAUCAUCUCCGCCAAAGUGUUUGUCGAUCGAGCUACCAAUCAGAGUAAAUGUUUCGGUUUUGUGAGCUUCGAUCACCCAGCAAGCGCACAAGCUUCCAUCCAGGCCAUGAAUGGCUUCCAGAUUGGUAUGAAGAGGUUAAAAGUGCAGCUGAAAAGACCGAAAGACGCCAACAGACCAUACUAGAUGCAGCAGGCAUCCCCACCCCCUCCCCCGUGAGACUGAUCACAGGCCCCAGUACAAAUCCAAAAAAUGUCUCCGGGAGACAGCAGCCACACUUACACACGCUGACCAAAGCGAAUCAAUCCCCCUAAAGCUGUCACCGGACACAGGAGGCUCGUCCUUGCUGUGAGCUCACUACUGGAAGGAGCUGCUGCACUGUAUCCUCCCUUCUCCCCCAAACACUCCGCUGCCCCACAAAACCCCUCCCACCGUGGCACUCCUUCAGCCGGCACCUCGGGAUCUGGAGUCUUUUCCCAAUUUCCAGCCGUGGUCCUUCCAGCUGUGACGUGACCCAGGCCAGCCCAUUGGAUGGAUUGCUGUCUUUGCUGGAUAUUACUAAUACUACGGGAAGCUUGCUCCAUUUGGUGGGGUUGGGGGGGAGGUUUGGGAGAGGAGGGGGUGUAGGUGGAGAAACCGUGAAAAGGAAGGGGUGGAGAGAGAGGUGGAUAAGAAACCACAGUGAACGGGAAGCGAGCCAGAGACCCAGCCCUGCUCUCCUUCCCCCAUCCUCUCCAGAGUCUGUGUAGCCUCCCAAUCUAUGCCAAGUUGGCUCUCUUUCCCCAUGGGAUGAGAUGUUUGACUUGGUUUGGGCUGGGGAGGGGAGGGCAUCGUGAUGACACCUAGCUGUCCAUUGUGGGGGGGUGAGGGGGAAUCAGGAACAGGAAUCAAACCCACCCCUCCCUCCCACAUCCCGAAAUAGUUCAUUGAUCGGGGAGAGUGAUCCAAGGCAACGCUAUCCCGACUCCCCCCGCAAGGUGAAGGAUGGAGUAAACUUGAAUUCUGGAGAACAGAAGCAGGAGGAGGCCAUUUGGCCCUUCAAACCUGCUCUACCAUCCGGUACUAUCACGGCCAUUCAUCCGACUCAGUCCCCCUGCUUCAAGAACAAAAAAACAAAGAUGCUGGAUAAACUCGGAGGGUGUGACAGCAUCUAUUUAAAAUAAAAACCCAGAGUUAACAUUUCAGGUUCGGUGACCCUUCUUCAGAACCGCCUUCCUGCGAGAAAGAUCUCCCCCCUGUCCAUGCCACAGCCCAACUUUCAUCUGCAGGAGAGUGUAACCAUCUUCCCCAACAUCCCACCUUGACAUUUAGUGGCGUUAUGUUCUGAGGAAGGGUCACCCGAUCCCGAAACGUUAACUCCCGAUUUUUUUUUCUCUUUCUCUCCACAGAUGCUGCCAGACCUGCUGAGCUUUUCCAGCAACUUCUGUUUUUGUUCCCGAUUUACAGCGUCCGCAGUUCUGUUGGCUUCUAUUCAGUCUCCCUUCUAGAACUAUAUCCAACUCCUCCUUUCGGCCCCUAUCCGUGGCGGGGAAUCCCACAGGCUUCCCCACUCUCUGGGUGAAGUCAUUUAUCCUGAGCUCUGUCCGAUCCCGUCUCCUUUAGCUCGCAACCAGAGACAAACCACAUGAGACAAUAAAAUGUGAGGCUGGAUGAACGCAGCAGGCCCAGCAGCACCUCCUGAGAUGCUGCUUGGCCUGCUGUGUUCAUCCAGCCUCACAUUUUAUUGUCUUGGAUUCUCCAGCAUCUGCAGUUCCCAUUAUCACAAACCACACGAGGGUCCCCCCAGUCUCUGCGAAAGCUUCAAGCAUUUUCUGCUUUGUAGAUCACUUCUGUGUUUAAAACCAUCCCUUGCCUCUUUGGGGAUAGGACCAUGAAAUGAGUCGAGGGGAGGCUGCUGUUUAUACAUAAAUGAAACCUUGACAGCUUUCCUUCCUCAUUUGUGAACACCCACCCCCACCCCCCCAACAAUGUUUUUCUGCUGCAAUCAAGGACAGUCAUCAUGGUCGCCAGUGCUUUGGGAAAAAUUCCAAUUUUCCAGAUUUUAUCAUUUAAUUGAAUUAAAAUUCACCCAGCUGCCAUUGGUACCGAUGUCUGCAGGCCAUUCUCCUGGCUCUCGUGCUUACUACAUUAUCACAGAUCUCCCCUGCCCACACCACAGAAGAAUUCUCAUCUUCACGCGUCUAACCAUCGGCCCCUUGACAUUCAAUGGUGUUCCCAUCACUGAAUCCUCCCACUAUCAACAUCCUGGGGGUUACCAUUGACCAGGCACUGACCUGGUCCCACACUGUAAACACAGGGGGCUACAAGAGCAGGUCAGAGGCUGGGAAUCAUGCAGCAAGUAACUCCCUCCCUGACCCACCAAAGCCUGUCCCACCAUCGAUAAGGCACAAGUCAGGAGUGGGAUGGAAUACGCCACUUGCCCUGGAUGGGGGCAGCCCCAACAACACUCAAGAAGCUCGACACCAUCCAAGACAGAGCAGCCCCCGCUAGAUUGGCACCACAUCCACAAACAUUCGCUCCCUCCACCACCAAUGCUCACUGGCAGCAGUGUGCACCGUCUGCAAAAUGCACUGCAGCAGAGGCACCUUCCAUGACCAUUUCCAGCGAGUAGGUACGUGAGAACACCACCUGCCACAAGUUCCUGUCUGCGCCAUACACACUAUCACCACUUGGAAAUAUAUUGGCCGUCCCUUCAGUGUCAUUGGGUCAAAACCCUGGAAUUCCCUCCCAAAGGGCCAUUGUGGAUGCCCCUACCCUGCCCGUGGACUGCAGUGGUUCAGGGAGGCAGCUCAACACCCCCCCCCCGCCGAACCUUCUCAAGAGGCAACAAUACCGCACCCUGUGUGCAGCCACUCAGAGACAAUGCCACACUCUUUCUGAAGAGCAAUGGCCUGAAGAUAAAACCACUAUCUCAAAGCUAUUGCUCAUCUCCUCCUCCCCACCCCUCUGUAUCUGGCACCAAGUAAAUAUUUAUCGUUUGCAAAAAAAAGGUUGAAGAAGUUGCGUUCUGAGUUGUGAGCUCCCCAGAAAAUGCUGCAUUUGCAGAGUCCUGAGAUGUGAGCGAGGGUCCCGUGUUAAUGGCAGUGAGGCGAUAGGAGAUAUGAACAAUGAACUCUCACUGUGCGUUAUCGUAAGCACCUCUCUCUCUGGCCAUGCCAUGUUUUAACAGUGCAAUAUGGGAACAGCCUUUAGUAUAUUUCAGUAGAUAAGCGUUGGAGUCGGGUUCUGAUUUUAUUUAUUUUUAAUUUAUUCUCUUUUAUUUAAUGUCGAAAGAAAGGCAAAAAAAAACUUUAGCUCCAUUCAAUAAACAAUUUCCUAAAAUCUAA